AUGAUUGGUGUUGACUUAUGUUGUGUUAUAUAUUGGCCGAUUUCAUAUGAAAAACUACGACGGUUCUUUGAGGUUGAUUUGAACAAUAUUCAUUACACUAAUUCAUCUGAUGCUGAAUAUAGCUGUGAUGAAGAUGUUAAUGAUGUUGUAUCUAGUGGCCAUCAAAGUUCAAAUGAUGAAGAUGAUUCUGAUAAUGACGAUGAUGAGGAAUCAGAUGGAAUGGACAUGUCUAAUAAUGAAGCAAUUGUGAGCGAUAGAGUGGUGAGUGUAAAUUCGAUUACUUUCGAUGAAAUCUGUGCUAAGGAAUUUGGACCUGUGAGUGAAGCUUGUGGCUUCUAUUAUAGGUAUUGA